AUGGCCGUCUCAAGCACCACCGUCGUAUUCAUCUUCGUUCUCGCGAUCAGCUUCUCUUCCUCCGCCGUGGCCGAGACGCAUGCGCCUUCUUCUCCACCGCCUCUGACCUGUACGGAGGAGCUGGUUAUGUUCUCUCCAUGCCUUCCUUACGUCUCCGCUCCGCCGAACAACAUGUCAGAGACGCCGAAUCCUCUUUGCUGCUCCGUUUUCUCCACUUCUGUUAAUUCUAGCUCCGGAAUUUGCCUCUGUUAUCUUCUCCGGCAACCGCUGAUCCUAGGAUUCCCGUUGGAUAGAUCUAGACUGCUUUCACUUUCCCAGAUCUGUAACGACCAUAGCUCCGACGAAUCACUCGAGUCUCUCUGCUCGCUAUCAGAGUCGCCGGAGCUUCCUCCGCUUCAGAGUAUCCAGUUUACAUCUCCGUUUUUUAACGGUGAUGGAGUUUCCGCCUCUCCUCAAUCCGUCGGCCUACCACCGGAAUCCGCCAGAAUUUCACCAAGCUCCGAUCAAUUCUCCCCAGAAACAGCACCACCACCACCGCCAAUUGAACAAUCCAUCAGGAGUAGCUCUCCAAAGAUCAGAAGUUUCUGGUUUCCAUCAACCAUCAUGACUAUAGCCAUUUCUUUCCUCACUCGCAUCUGA